AUGGCAAAUAGCUGCAACGGGAUGAAUGUCUCACAACCGGGGGUUCCAAUCUUCACCGGAGAGGCGUAUGAUCACUGGAGUAUUUUGAUGAGGCCUUUGUUUAAAUCCCAGGAGGUGUGGGAAAUAGUUGAGGAUGGUUUUGAUGAUAAAGAUGAGAUUGAAGCAAGAUUGAGGGAGAAUCGGAAGAAAGACUCCAAGGCUCUCAUUCUCAUCCUUCAAUCAAUGGAUAGGAAAGUGUUCUCAAGAGUGAAGAACUCUACAACCACACAUGGAGCUUGGACUUUUUUGAAGAAUGAGUUCCAAGGAUUUGCCAAAAUUGUUGUUGUGAGAAAACAAAGGUUGCGGCAUCAAUUCAAAACCAGUCGUAUGAAAACUUAUGAAACCAUCCAAGAGUAUAUGGCAAGAGUGAUGGAUGUUGUCAACCAGCUGAGAGACUAUGGAGGAGAAGUAACUGAAAAUGCUAUUGCUGCCAAGGUAUUGAGAACCCUAUCACCUAAGUUUGAGCAUGUUGUUGCAGCUAUUGAGGAGUCAAAUGAUCUUGAAGAGCUCACUAUUAAUGUGUUGAGAGGGUCCUUACAAUCACAUAAAGAUAGAAUGAUUUUUGCAAGCACGGGGAGUGAAGAAAGUGUACUCCAAGCUAGGAUAGAAGGUCCAAGAGCAAAGGCUGCAUUACUAUCUUCAGAUGGAGUUCAAAGCAGAGGUGCUGAGAUGAAGCUGUGCAGAGGUCGAGGUAGAGUAUCAUUUUGGGGAAGAGGUGCAGGUAGAGGAAGAGGUAGUGGUGCUGACCUGAGAGGAGUCCAAGAAGGAAACAUGGCUAGUGCAAUGCUAUAA